AUGGCAAGCAGCGUACAACUUAAGCAACUUGUGGAAAGAUCUCGGAGUGUUGCAAACACGGUUGCAAAAAAUGAUCUACCAUUAAUUGAACGAAAUUUAGAACAAAUUGAGAAACAGUCGCGUAAACUUGCUGAUAACGUUGUAAAACCCGGUGAAGCCCCUGAAAGAAAGGCUCCUUAUUUCUUAGCAAAUAUUGGGAUCGAUGGUGAUAAAUUGACACAGGAUGUAAAAAGUAUCUCCGUGUUAGGUGCUUUCGAACCACGCACCAUUUUACUUGAUACCGAUGUUGAAAGAUAUCUUGACCAUAAACACCAACAAACUAUCACAAGCAUUAUAAAAGAUGGUUAUACACAAACUGACAAUGAAUAUAACGCUCUUUUCGAUUGCUGUCUCAGUUCAGAAUGGGAUAAAACUAAGAGAAAGGUGUUUGAGGAAUUUGGCCAACACAUAACAAUGAGAUCAACUGAACUCCCUACUAGUGCUGGGGGUAGUGUAUUUCGAAGUCAAUUCUCACCAAGUGCAUCUUUAUCAAGCAGUUUAAGAGCUUCGACUUCGGUUGGCAUUUUAAUACGAGAAAGAAGAAUCUCGUUUAAAAAUGAGUCAACUUUACAAUUAAAUCAGAGACAUUUGGUUUAUUUCGAUGUUGUUGUAAAGUUAAAUAAUGCUAGAUUGGCAAAGAUUGAAUAUGGCAUUAUAAAUGAGUUCCACAACGCUGCAAGAAAGAUUAGUUUGGAUUAUGGACGAAAAGUUGUUCAAUGUUGGAGGGCACUUGCGUCUAUUGUCAAAGAAUCUAACGUCAUUGAUGGCAGUUUUAAACGUAAUUCACUAAAGCAGCGUCAGUUCGCAUCAGCAUACCAGGCACCAGCUUUUAAUGCUGCAUAUAAAAGUCUUUGUUUUGACCUCAUAAAUGGUUCUAAACAUUAUUUAGAGGAAUCGUAUCGAGAAUGGUCCACUGCUUACGUAAGCUCGUUUCGAAGCGAAGCCUUGUUGGGUGGACAACCUUCUGCAACUAACACGGCACGCGCUGUUUUGCGUGCAAUACAUAGGCUAAACGGUGGCAUUCCAACGACGAGAUAUUAUAAAGAAGCUCUGGAAGUAGCUAAAGAUUAUGAAACUCAUCUUCCUAGACAGGACAUUCACUUUGUGAGAUAUUUUGAACUAUUUAUUACUAAUAAUAACAAACUUCCUUCACAAGAUAGACAAAAAUUAGUGGCAGAAAUGAAGCAAUGGAACCCUUUAACUUUUCAAGAUAAGGAUCCAUAUAAAUUUAUUAUGUAUCAAAUAGUCGCACAACUCGAAGAAUUACCUCAGAAACCUCCAGUUGAAAGUUUUCUUCCUACUUCAGAAGAUUUCAUGUGGAUGCGGUUGAUGUGUGUUCGUGAGAUCGAGCCAAUUGUUGGUGCACCGAAUGAUACUUUAUCAUUAGAUAGUUUGCAAAAGACAAUUAGAAACUUGGGCCCUAGCCAUUUCAAUCACGGUGGCAAAGAUACUAUACAAUAUUUCCGAGCUUUACUGUUAACGGCACAGUUUGAAAGGGAUGCUGUACAUUUUGCUAUUGCACUUGCAUACUAUGGGUUGCUUAGAGUACCAGAGAAAGGCGAGGCGAUGGCAUUGCUUGUUGAGGUUGGAGAUCGGAUGAUCCCGUACUUGAAUUUUAAUACCCUCAUAUGCCAAUAUGCACGGUCAAUAGCGAAAGGAAAUGCACCAAGUACUGCCUUCCAAUAUCUCCUUUUACUAUAUCUUCACGGUGAUCCACUGACAGAAGCCGGCAGAUAUCAAAUUGAAUUAUGCCAUGAAUAUAUUCGACAACUCAUAUAUGAUACUGAAGCGUUUAAUGAGUUGGGCAAAAUGAGAGAAUAUAUGCCAUUAAUGUUUAUAGAUAAUGAAGAUGAAUUCACAGAAACAAUUAUCAACACGCUUGCGCGGCAAUGCGUUGAAGAUGGAAAAUUCAAAGCUGCGCGUAGUCUUUAUGAAUUGACACAGAAUUUUGAAGAAAUUAUUGUGUUGCUUAACAAGAUGCUUGCGGAAUAUAUAUGGAUUUCUAUUCGUGGUGUUGUCAUGCAGCCAGAGACCGCGAAGGAAUUGGACCCUCAGGAGAUUGGUCGUAUUCUGAAAGAAUAUGAACGUAUAGGUAUUAGAAAAAUAUCGCAGAAUCGUUUGAAGGAUUCUCGCACAUUGUUAAAUUUAGUCGAUUUUGUUGAGUUAUACAAGCAGCAAGAUUUUGUAAGAGCAGUAGCUAUUAUUCAACAAAUCGAUCUUUUUCCUUUUGAAGAUGAUAUUAUCGUUAUUCAACAGAAGGCUAGUGCCAUUGAGGCUUUUGAUGAUCAGUUAAAAAACUGUAUUCCAGAACUUUUGCAUAUUACUAUGAGAUGCAUAUAUGCAUAUUAUCAACAAUUAAAAGAUAAUAUGGCAAAGGGAACACCGGGCAUUUUGAGAAAAUAUAUGGAUGAAUCCGUUACCCUUCAACGAAAAGCUCGAGCUCUUGUAACAUUUGCUGGAUAUUUAAAACAUAG